AUGUUAAAGGUACUACCUUUAACAUCGUUGAACGGUGAUACAGAUUACAUAUCUUCGAAAUCUUCAGACAUGUCGUCGCUUUACUACCUCAUGCUGAGCCCUUGCCGAUCUUCAAUGGGGGCCCGCGUUUCCGAUAGGAUUAAGCCAGACUUACUGCUCGACGAGUCGGGAUGCGAGGCUGAUAUGUUGGAGGGCGCGGAGGUGGGACGGCACUCGCCGCCCCGGCCGCAGCAAGAGCCCAUCAACCUCAAGAAUGAGCGGUACAUACGGUGUAGCACCUCCGGAGCUAGGGUUGCUACAAAUAUAAAUCUCGGGCGUCGCAGCCGCGGCCAGGGCUACCCACGGAGGACGGACGUGAUUGAUCAAAGUCGUUUGUCAGGCUCGCGUCGCGACUGGUGGUAG